AUGGCGGCCAGUGCGACCGCUCUCGUAUUCGAGUCCGCCUCCUCCUGCUCCGCGAACGGCCACAUGCCCCAGGACUGGGGCCGGCGGAGAGGCAGCCCAACCGGGGCAGAGGGGCGGGAGCGUGCGGGGCAGGGGCCCAACGUCGGGCGGCUUGUCGGGGGUUACGAGCGUCACUCAGCGUAUGCAGCUCCGGCUCUCGUCGAAGAUAGCGCCGACACCUCCAGCGAGCCCGCCGCGCUCGACGCGGAUGCUGCAGCCAACGGCGUGGGCGGCGAGGCUCGCGGCGCCACGCUUGCGCUGCAGGCCGAGUUUGAGGAGCUAUCACGCGAGCUGCAGGAGCUGUGGGUGGCCAACGAACAGCGCGAUGAGGACGAUCCGGAGAGGCUGCCCCUCGAUGACUUGGCGUACACAUAA